AUGGGCAACUGCACAUCCAUGUCUUCUUCCCAAACCCAAUUCAUGCAAACGGCCAAAGUCAUAUUUUUUAAUGGUGUUAUGAAGGAAUUCAACAAACCCAUUAAAGCAGGUGAAAUCAUUGAACAGUAUUCUGGGUAUUUUCUCUGCCAUUGGGAUUCCCUGCACAUUGAUAAAUUUAUGAUGUCUGUAAAUUCUAAGGAGGAAUUGGAGUUAGGAGAGCUUUAUUUUUUGCUUCCUUUAUGUAAAUUGCAAUAUGUUCUUUCAGCUUCAGACAUGGCUGCAAUGGUGUUUAAGGCUAAUUCCGCCAGUAAACAGAUAAUUAGCAGCAAAGAGAGAGAUAAUAUGUACUGUAAAAUCUCGCCUGAACCGUUGCCAUUAGAGAAGGUUGACUGUGAUGAAGAAAUGUGGGAGAUAAUGUCAUGUAAAUCAGGAGGAUCAGAGGAAAUGUGUUUUUCUAGAAGUGUGUCUAGGGUUAGACUUGAAACCAUCCUUGAAGGAAACAUUUCAUGA